AUGGCGGCGGCGGUUGCUUCUGGAAUUGCCCCGACCGCGAUGGUUGAUCAAGUCCCUAAUCAACCUCCGGUUCCGGUCGCGGUUGCUCCUCCUCCUCAUUCAACCCCGUUCCCUGCUGUUUCUCAAGUCGCAGCGGUGGCUGCCGCCGCCGCUGCCGCCGAGGCCUUACAGUCCCACCCAAACUCCUCUCUCUACGUCGGAGAUUUAGACCAGACCGUCAAUGAGGCUCAUCUCCUCGAUCUCUUCAACCAAGUCGCUCCUGUCCAGACCGUUAGGGUUUGUCGCGAUCUCACUCGCCGAUCUCUCGGUUACGCUUACGUCAAUUUCGCUAAUCCUGAUGAUGCGAUGAGAGCGAUGGAUAGUCUCAACUACACACCGAUCAGAGACAGACCGAUAAGGAUCAUGCUCUCGAACCGUGACCCGAGCACGAGGCUUAGCGGGAAAGGAAACGUGUUCAUCAAAAACCUCGACACAGCGAUCGACAACAAGGCUCUCUACGAGACGUUCUCGACUUUCGGCGCGAUUCUCUCUUGCAAGGUGGCGUCCGACGUGGCGGGUCGGUCCAAAGGCUACGGCUUUGUCCAGUUCGAGAAGGAGGAGACCGCUCAAGCCGCGAUCGACAAGCUUAACGGGAUGCUGAUCAACGACAAGCAGGUCUUUGUCGGACACUUUGUCCGUCGUCAGGAGAGGGCUCGGUCUGAGAGCGGUGCGGUGCCGCGAUUCACGAACGUUUACGUGAAGAAUCUCCCGAAGGAGAUUGGUGACGAUGAGCUUAAGAAGACGUUUGGAAAGUACGGUGAGAUCUCGAGCGCGGUUGUGAUGAAGGAUCAGAGUGGGGUUUCGAGGUGUUUCGGGUUUGUGAACUUCGAGAGCCCUGAAGCGGCUGCGGUGGCCGUUGAGAAGAUGAAUGGGAUUAGCCUCGGGGAGGAUGUGUUGUUCGUUGGGAGGGCGCAGAAGAAGUCUGAGAGGGAAGAGGAGCUGAGGAGGAAGUUUGAGCAGGAGAGGAUUAGUAGGUUUGAGAAGCUGCAAGGUUCGAAUCUGUAUUUGAAGAACCUUGAUGAUAGUGUGAAUGAUGAGAAGCUUAAUGAGAUGUUCUCUGAGUAUGGGAAUGUGACCUCUUGCAAGGUUAUGAUUAACUCUCAAGGUUUGAGCAGAGGGUUUGGUUUUGUUGCUUAUUCCAACCCUGAAGAAGCUUUAAGAGCUUUGAAUGAAAUGAAUGGGAAGAUGAUUGGAAGGAAACCUCUUUACAUUGCUUUGGCUCAACGCAAGGAAGAGAGAAGGAAUCAUCUUCAGGCUCUGUUUUCUCACAUGAGACCAGCUGGUGGGGCAAUGCCGCCAAUUCCAUCACCAAUGAAUGGGUUCCAUCAUCACCCACCAGGAGGUCCAAUGGGAGGACCACACCAUCCAAUGUACGUUGGCCAGAACGGUCAAGGUCUGGUCCCGUCACAGCCUAUGGGUUACGGAUACCAACUUCAGUUCAUGCCUGGUGUGCGUCCAGGUUCCGGUCCGGCUAACUUCAUGAUGCCUUACCCUCUCCAAAGGCAAAACCAGCCUGGUCCUCGUGUCGGAUUCAGGCGUGGUGCUAAUAACAUGCAGCCGCACUUCCCACAACAACAAAUGAUGCAGCAGAAUGCAAACUCUGGAAUGAGAUACAUGGGAGGCGCUGGUGACGGCAACGGCAACAGGAGGAAUGGAAUUGAAGCAUCUCCUCCACAAGGCAUCAUGACGUUGCCGUUGGAUGCUUCUGCUAUCUCUCACAAUGCUUCUCAAAGCCCACAGAAGCCUCCUCUUCUUCCCAUUUCUAAGCUCACUUCUGCUUUAGCUCUCGCUAACCCCGACACUCACCCACAGAUGCUUGGGGAGCAGCUUUACCCACUUGUGCACCAGCAUGAGCCUGUCCAUGCGGCUAAAGUUACUGGAAUGUUGCUGGAGAUGGACCAAGCAGAGAUCUUGCAUCUUCUUGAGUCGCCUGAAGCUCUCAAGGCGAAAGUCUCCGAGGCUUUGGAUGUUCUAAGACUCUCUGCUAAUCCUCCAGCUGUCUCUUCGGUUGAUGACCAGUUUGCUCCUACCCCAGCCGAGUGA